AUGUCGCGCCAGAAUAAUAUUCGCCCUGUUCGAGUGGCCAACUGCUCUGGUUAUCAUGGUGAUCCUGCAUAUGAGAUGUACCGCCAGGCGACAAAGGGGGAUGUUGACUUCCUCACCGGCGAUUACCUCGCAGAGGUAAAUCUCGCGAACAACGCCAAAGCCUGGAGGGAGGGCGAUCACCCCGGUUACGAAGAGACAGCCUGGGAAGGGAUCCGACAGACAAUUGAUGUGAUCGCAGAAAAGGGAAUCCGCGUGGUAACCAACGGCGGUGCUCUCGACCCUAAAGCCUUGGCACUGAAAGUUCAGGCUUUGGUGUUAGAGAAAGGGUACAAAUUGACGGUCGCAUACGUCUCCGGAGACGAUCUAUAUCCCGACCUGGGGCCGCAUAUGCCAACGGCAAAAGAGGAAUUGCGGCAUCUGGACUCAGGCAACCCAUCUAUCAAGCCCUCGGAGUUGACGUACGCCUUCCUCGAUGUCCAGGAAAAGAAGAUCCCCAUGGUCUCCGCCCAUGCAUAUCUGGGCGCGCGGGGGAUCGUGGAUGGUCUCCGACGUGGGGCGGACAUCGUCCUCUGCGGCCGGGUGGCGGAUGCAAGCCCUGUCAUCGCUGCCGCGUGGUUCUGGCAUGAUUGGUCUGAGAUGGACUAUGACCGUCUGGCGGGAUUCCUCAUUGCGGGGCAUCUGAUUGAAUGCUCGGCCUAUGUCACCGGCGGAAACUUUGCUGGGUUCGACAGGUACCACCUUGAUAAUUUGGUGGCACCGGGGUUCCCAAUUGCCGAGAUCGGGGAUGACGGCUCUUGUGUCAUUACGAAGCACCCAAACACCCAGGGCAUGGUAAAUGCUGAUACCGUUCAAUGUCAAUUUCUCUAUGAGCUACAGGGAGACAUCUAUCUCAACAGCGAUGUUAGCGCCUUUAUUGGCGACCUCUGCGUCGAGCAGGUGGGCCAGGACCGGGUUCAGAUUUCUGGAAUCCUAGCUUCGCCGCCUCCUCCAACCACUAAGCUGGCGGUUUUCUACGAGGCAGGGUUCGAGGCUGAGGUGCUUCUGAAUGCAACGGGUUACGCCACCUCUCGGAAGUGGGAUUUGGUCGAGAAGCAAGUCCGCCACUUUGUGCCACCAUCGGUAAUGGACAAGGUCAGGACAGUAGAGUUUCAGCGUUACGAUCCUCGUUCUCCCAUCAAUAGAGAAGUUCAGGAGGAGCCCACAAGGCGCAUCCGUCUCGGGGACAUUGCGCUUGCCCGGUCGGGUGACACAGGGUCGAAUCUAAACCUCGGAAUAUUUGUACCUGAUAACAGUCAUUGGGAGUGGCUACAGUCGUAUAUGACCAUCGAGCGCUUGCGCUCAAUGCUCGGAGCUGACUGGCGGGUCGAGUUCUUCAUCGAGCGGGUGGAGUUCCCGCGCAUCCAGGCGGUGCAUUUUGUUGUCUACGGGAUUCCGGGUCGAGGGGUGAGCAGCUCCAGUCGCCUGGAUGGCUUCGGCAAGGGAUUUGCGGACUAUAUUCGGGACAUAGUCGUUGACUUCCCCGUUGGGUUAUUAUGA